UGAACGCCGACCGUGCCAGUCGAAAAUUAGUUGCGCGAGCGAAGGCUGCAACACCUGCGUACAAGCUGUUCGUGCGUUCGAGUCUAUGCGGUUGCUUGCUCACCAGACACAUUACGCGACGGCGUCACCGCCUGCUGCCAUUGUCAGCACUGUGAUAGUUAACCUUUCUUAACACCCAUACGUUGCGUUGCGUACACAAAAACCGAAACCUCCAAUGCAAAAAUUAUACAACAUCCAGCCGGAUGAGGGAGAGAAAUAAGUGUACACAGCAAAAUCAACUCAUUGCUCAAAGUGCCAAAGUGUACAGUGCACAAGGAAAACGAUCGCAGAAAGUGAAACAAAGUCCCAAAUUACGCUCUACCCAACCGUCGGCCGUGCGUGAAAAGAGUAAAAAAACGAAAGUUAAUUUCUUCCCUCUCCAGCCACAGAUUCAGAUUGGCUGGUACCGUUUAGAGGUAAAUAUUCGGUGUUGGCGCAGUGAUCAUUUGGUGCAAGUGUUCAGUAAAAUCUAUUCCGAUUGUUUUGUCGUCGGGACGACAUGCGCAUCGCAACGCGUGCCGUUUUAAGCAUGAUCGCAUCGCAACACACCGGUGCGUAAUCCUUCGAUCGUGACGUGCAUGUGACAAGUAACAUGUGCCCACCAUCUUCUUCUUAAGCUCAAAAUUCGAAAGGUGCGUGAACAGUGUAAAAUACACACGAUAUUACAUACCCCUGCGCAGUGUGUUUGUGAAUGUGCCAUCGAAGCUGAUCGUGAUCGUGUCGCAUCAUCGUCGCUAGUCAUACACGGAGUCCCCACAGUCACGAGUCCUUCCGAAUGAAAUAAUAACUAAACUCUAAGCUGCUCCUGCCCGAGUACAGUGGACGCGUGCCGUAAGCAAACAUGACUGUUUCGUAUUCAGCGGAGGUACCGAACGGUAGCAACUUUGGCGUAUUUUGGCGAAUUCUAUGGAAAUGGCGUGGCAGUGUUUAUAAAGCCGUUUGGCGGGAACUGUUAGCAUAUCUGCUAGUCUAUUACACACUUAAUUUCACAUAUCGUUACGGUCUCAGCGAAGAUGGUAAAAGGGUGUUCGAACGAAUCCGAACCUACUUUGGCCAACAGCGGGAAACGGUGCCACUUUCGUUCGUGCUCGGAUUCUACGUCAGCUUGGUUGUGAAGCGUUGGUGGGAACAGUAUCGGAUGCUGCCAUGGCCGGACACACUCGCUCUGUUCGUGAGUGCCGCCAUCCAAGGAAAUGAUGAAACGGGACGGCUGAUGAGACGAAACAUUAUGCGCUACAUGGUCCUAUCAUACGUGAUAACGCUGCAGAAGAUUUCGCUCCGCGUUAAGCGUCGGUUCCCCGGCUGGCAGCAUCUGGUCGAUGCUGGUUUGAUGCUCGAAAGUGAGCGCAAAAUUUUCGAGAUUAUGGACUCCAAAAGCCCCAUGUCGAAGUACUGGAUGCCGCUGGUAUGGGCUACAAACAUCAUCAAUCGUGCGCGCAAGGAUCAGCUGAUCCCAUCCGAUCAUAUCGUGCAGACGCUCUUGAUGGAGCUCUCCGACAUUCGGCGUAGGUUGGGUGGUUUGAUCGGGUACGACACGGUGUGCGUACCGCUGGUUUACACCCAGGUCGUGACACUUGUGCUGUACUCGUACUUUACCGCUGCCAUCAUGGGUAGCCAGAUGAUCCCAACCUACGAUGCGGCGAGCGGCACGUACCAAGAGCUGGAUGUGUUCUUUCCACUCUUCACGGUGCUACAGUUUGUGUUCUACGUGGGAUGGUUGAAGGUGGCCGAGGUGUUGAUCAAUCCAUUCGGCGAGGAUGACGAUGACAUCGAAUUGAAUUGGCUCAUCGAUCGACACAUUAAGGCAUCGUACAUGAUUGUAGACGAGAUGCACGACGAACAUCCGGAGUUGCUGAAGGAUCAGUACUGGGAGGAGGUCGUACCGAAAGACCUACCGUACACUGUUGCAUCUGAGCAUUAUCGGCGCGAGGAGCCGAAAGGAUCGGCUGAACACUACAAGGUGAAGGAGGCGGAUGCGGUCUACGCAAACAUCGGUGCCGUCGGUGGGAAGCGCAUGAUGAACGACGAGAUGUACGCUGACUAUGAAAGCGUAGACACUCCAAUGGCAGAACGACGAAAGGGAUGGCUUGGAAAGGUCAGUCGCAUGGGAUCGGGACGAAGUUCGUCAACUGCUUACUCGUCCGGUGGUCUUUUUGCGCGCAAUCGACACAAUUCUGUCUACUCCAGCCCAGAAGCAGGCCUCGGUCAACCCAUUGUCACAGGGGCUCCUGCCCCUAAGGUCAGCUUGUAUGAUCGGUUCGUGAACCGGAAGUCUGGUCGACACGCGAGACAAAUUAUUAAGCAAAAUUCGAAGCUUAGUCUCAACGGAUCAGUCAUAUCGAACGUACCGCAAAAAGCGCGCCCACGAAUACCGACACCAGACGUGACGAAGGAAAGCCGUGUCGCACCACUCGGUACAGUAACGACAAGUACCGCCAACAUUGCAUCCGGUGUUGCACUGAUGGCGACUCAGCUUGCAAACAAUCCCUCUAUCUAUCCGGCAUCCACGGCCACGCUCAACAACAACGAAGUUCCAGUGGUCGGGACGCUUUUAUUAGCACCGAUCAAAGAGCUAGAUUCCAGCUCGACGACCAACACUUUACACUCAGGCCAAUCCGCAACGGCUUCCCUGGCCAAAUCAAUCCUUCCAUCAACACUCAAGAGUUCCGUGUCCCCGUUUGGGAAGGAUGGCACCAACCUUGAGCUCACACUCACCAACUCAUCCUCGUUGGGUGGGUCACCCAAUCCACUCGGAGGCAACACCGUCAUUGUCCUUCCGGCAACAACUACAGCAGUGGCUGUUUCCGCCAACGGUACUACAGUGACCGGUACUAUUCCGAUCACGGCCGGACCGGGAAGGUCGCACGACACAACUGACGCUAGUACUGGCAUCAGAAGCACUUCGCUAGCAUCGGGUGUGCUAGUGCCGAAAACGGACGCCCUGUUGCCCAUUUCGCUUACCUCCAUUCCGCUCUCGUUUACGGUGACGCCCGUUACAAACACCAGCAGUAAUAGCACCACCAGCACUACCACCACCACUGGCGGCACGAUCAUUACCGAGCUACCGUGUGACAACGGUGAGAUCAGUACGAGCGUCACGAUGAGUAACGAAAAAAACCGCCAACCACCUUCCAGCACUGCGGACAGUUCUUCCUCAGCCGCAUCGACACUAAGCAAACGGAAGCCAAAGCAUGGCGAGGUUUACGUUUAGAAGACUAGCAAACACACACUGGAUUAAUUGUACUAUAGACAAACGUAGCAAAAUUUAACACAGAAUGAAAGUUCAGCAAAGAAGCAAAACGUGAAGAGAUGUGCCAAUUACAAAUUUUCCUAUUUCUUUAUCACUAUUACCACAUUCGACCCGUGAAUCCGUGCUGGAAGGCGACUUACAAAGCCACUGAGCGCUGUGUAUUUGUUCUAGAAAUCGCUGAUACAAAGUAUUGUUUGUUUUAUAAGAAAGUAAGUUUACAUACACGUAAAAGUAAAAUAAGUGUAUAUUUUUACAGUAGCAAAGACAACAAUCAGCAGCUAGUUUUGUUCUUUCUUGGAUCAUCAUUCAAAGGCGCGUGUAAACUAAGCUCGCCAGAAAUUAAGACGCACGAUUGUUCGUCAAUUGUCUUAAUACAAUUCCGUCCAUCGUUUGCCUUGCGAUAUAUGCAUUUGAAAUGUAUUUUAACUAAUUGAUAUACGUGUUACCACGAUAAAGAAGGUAGACCGAGCAAACUUGUUUUAUAUUCGGAUCGGAUUGAAUCUGGCUGAUAAUGGCCAUAUUUUACCAGCCCUAUCGAAACUUUCCUCCCAUUGUGCAUCAUAGGAAAGUUAUAUAAAAAAGGUAGUGUUUAGCAUUUUAAAAACGAGUUUUGUACCAACUGAGAACCGUAAAUGGCAAUCUAGCAUCUAGGUAUAAACAAUUUUUAAAUAAACGUGAUCAUGAUAUUUUAA